CGGAGACAUGAUUGUCUGAACGUAACAUAGAUUUUGAUUAACAGAUACAUAGACUCUUUGAAGCUAAUAGAGACUCAUCUAUUUACAAAAAAAUGCCGUGUUUGGAUACGCAAGAUUGGAGUUUAACUGAUCUCAUAGGCGCAUUUCUGAAUCUCACCAUAGCUUAUUUGCUUCUCUGCACAUCUCUUUUUAUACACGUUGUCUUGAGAUCUAUAGGGCUUCUAGGUUUCUCUCUUCCAAGAUUCCACAACGGACGUUUCGGUGAUCCAAACAUGUGCAUUGAAGGGAAUCUGGUGGCUUGUGCAUCAGAGAAAAUCUCAUCCGUAGAUAGAUUGAUCAAAAGCAAGAUCCCUUUUGGUUCCAUUACUAGUGAUGAUGAUGAUUCGAAACGGUUUGUUGAAAUGAAGCUGGUGAGAAAGAACAGUGGUGAUGUAAGUAAUGCUAGGGUUAAGGAUGAAACAGAGGAAGAUGCAUCAAGAGAUGAACAGGGAGUGAAAGGUAAGCGUUUUGUUACCCGAAGACCAAGAAAAGGUCUUAAGAACCCUAGGAGAUGCCGUGUGGAUUACGGAAGUCUUGGAUCCGUUUCUUCACUAGAAGCCUUCGAUGAAACCGUAAAACAUCCUUUGAUGCAGCCUUAUGAUCAUGCCUUUAUCAGAGCUAAAGAGGAAAGGUGUUCCAACGAUGAUGACUGCAAAGAUGAUGUAAAGAAAGAAGAGAGGAUUAGCCCGUCUCAUUGGCCGGAACUUGAAAAAACUGUAUCACUUAAUUCGUCAGCAAGUCUAUGUUUUGUAAGAAAUGUAGAGGAAAAAUCUAUUAAUGAGUUAGAGGAAGCAUUGAAAAAAGAGCGAGCUGCUCGAGCAGCGGUUUGUGUUGAGCUAGAUAAAGAGAGAAGCGCAGCAGCAUCAGCAGCCGAUGAAGCCAUGGCGAUGAUACACAGGCUGCAAGACGAGAAGGCAGCCAUAGAAAUGGAAGCCAUGCAGUUCCAGAGAAUGGUCGAAGAGAAAUCUACGUUUGAUGCUGAAGAGAUGGUCAUACUCAAAGACAUUUUGAUACGUCGUGAGAGGGAAAAACAUUUCUUGGAGAAAGAAGUCGAAGCUUAUAGAGAUCUACUCGUUGAGGCAGAGGAAUUUGAAUGUUCUUUACCAAAAGAGAACCAAAAACAAGAACCACCUCAAGAGCGAAGAGCUUUGCUUGUUCAAGAACAUGAUGGAACGGUUCUUGACAUGCAUUAUAGGGAAGAUAAGAACAGAUAUUUGUAUACGUCGGAUUCAGAAGUUGCGUAUUCACGUGUGCGUGACGUUUACAUGGUGAAGGAAGAAAAAGAGAACGUGGAGAAAAAGAAGACUUUAGAAGAAUCUUCUGCUAGCAAUGGUAUCAUUGUCUCGGGGAUAGCUAGAAAGCUUCCUCCACUGUGUCGACCACGCAAACAGUCGCUAAGCUCUUCGGGUUCAAGGAGGAAGUCGAUGUCUGCGGUUGAUUAUGAGAGGUUAAAGAUUGAGAAUGAAGUGGAGCUGUUGAGAGAAAGAUUAAAAGCUGUUCAAGAGGAAAGAAAAGAGCUUACAAGGCGAGCAUCUUUGCCUCCUUUAUCAUCAAAGGUUAGGGUUACGUCAAAGAAUCGAGGUUUGAGAAGAUCGUCCAUGGACCUUCACUCUUCUUGAAGCAUUUUUGAGAUAUGUUGUG